AAAUUCUCUUUGUGUGAGAUAAUGUCCAGUGAAUUGAACAUGUCUACCAAAUCAAUUAGUGUCGUUUCUGAUGUAAACCAUACUCUUAUGGUAAAUAGACCAUCAACGUCGUCAGCUGAAGCUUUGUGUUCGAACAUGGAAAGUUCUUCAAUUAAUGAACCAGAAACACUACUGAUAACAAAUGGCGAUGAAAAUAUUGAAACUGGGACUUUGAAACAGAAAAAUUUUCGUAAAAAGAAGAAAUUAAAGAAAUUGCAAAUACCUAAUACAGUACAGUCUCAAACACACCCCUCACAAAUAAGUACACAUAGUAAUAGUACAAUUAAUAAGCUUUCUUUGGAUCAAGAUAAUGCGAAUAAUACAAGGUACCUUGAAAAUGUUUCACACCAUCCUCAAUUCAGAGUUACUAUGCACUCACAACAUAUGUUUAAUAAUCAUCGUUAUUCAUUUAGUGCUCCCACUACGCCAUUAGUUCUAGGUAACCAAAUUUUCAAUCAGGUUCAUCCAUCCACUGCACCAUUCCCACAAUAUAAUUUGCCUUCACCAAAUUAUUUACAUAAUCUGAUGCAACAUCCCUUGAUAAAUCAAUCUUAUCGUCAAAAUGUCAUUAGAAAUUUAUUUCCUAUAGUGACGAAUGGUUAUCAACACCACAAAGAAAAAUCCAAUGCUUCACCAAAACAAAACAAAAAAAAGGAGCAAAAGAAAGAUGAAUAUAAAUAUAGCUUGUAUAUGUUGAAAGAGGAUGUGGAAGUAGGGCUAAAGAAUAAGACACUCAUUGAAGGUGUGUUAAGGAUAAACCCAAAAGCUAGCAACUAUGCCUAUGUUUCUAGUUAUGACCGUAGUGAACAGGACAUUUGUAUCGAUGGUUUAAAAAAUAGGAACCGUGCAUUAGAAGGUGAUAUUGUUAUUGUCUCAUUAGUUGAUAGUGAUUCUGAAGAAAGUACAGAUGGUGACAAGAGGAAAAGAGGAAAGGUUGUUUAUAUAAAGGAAAAAAUACAUACACGAACAUGUAUUGGAACAAUGAAGCUAAUGCCAGAUAAAAGUCGCCAGAGAGCACUCUUUAUUCCUAGAGAUUAUAGAAUCCCGAGGCUAAAUGUUGCAUCAACAUUUUGGCCGAAUAAUUUUUAUGAGGAUUCAAAGAGAUAUGAAAAUACCCUUUUUAUGGCAAAAAUUUGUGAUUGGUUCGAUACAAGAUUUGCUAUAGGUAAAAUUCUAUGUAAUAUUGGAGAAUCGGGUGAUAUGAAAUCAGAAACUAGAGCUAUUUUAGCUCAAACAGAAUUGGAUAUAACACCAUUUGGUCCUGAUGUAAAGCACUUGUAUCCAAAUUUAGACUUUGUAAUCUCAGACGAAGAGCUAAAUUUAAGAGAAGACUGUCGCAAGCUAUGUUUAUUUAGCAUUGAUCCAUUUAAUUGUCGUGACAUAGAUGACGCUGUAUCUUGCAGACAACUUGAAAAUGGAAACUAUGAGGUUGGUGUGCACAUAUCAGAUGUAUCUUAUUUUUUAACAGAAAAUACAAUAUUAGAUGAAAAAGUUGCUGAAAAAGCAACUACCAUUUACAUGGUUGAAAAUGCAUAUCAUAUGUUACCUGAUGAACUCUGUAUGUUGUGCUCAUUAUUUCCUGGUGUUGAUAAGCUUGCGUUCUCUGUUUUUUGGGAGAUAACACCUGAUGCUAGAAUAGUGAAUACUCGUUUUGCAAAAACUGUUAUACAAUCAUGUUGCCAACUUGCAUAUGAUCAUGCUCAAGCCAUUCUUGAAAACAAAGCUGAUGCAAGACUGAAUUUUCCUGAAAUAUUUAAUGAGUUUCAGUUUGAUGAUAUUGCUGAAACAAUUAAAACUUUGGGCAGUUUGGCUGCCAUAUUAAGGAAAAACCGUUUCAACAGUGGUGCAUUGAGUAUAGACCAACCAAAAGUUUCAUUCCGCCUCAGUCCUUCGGAUGGUCUACCUGAAUCUUUUUCUAUUUAUGAGUCAAAAGAAAGUCAUCAAUUGAUCGAAGAAUUUAUGUUACUUGCCAAUAUAAGUGUUGCACAAAGAAUAUAUGAUGAUCACCCAAAACUAGCAUUCCUAAGAUGCCAUCCUCAACCAAGUGUUUUUAUGCUGAAGGAAUUAGCAAAGUCGCUGAAACCUAUGGGCAUUGAUCUUCAAAUAGACACUGCUGGGGAUUUACAGAAGUCAUUGUUGGCUUACAUAGGACCUGAUGCUGAUAAAGGCAAAGCACUGGUUUUAAGCAUGUUAUGUACUAAACCGUUGGCAAGAGCUAAGUAUUUUUGUGCUGGUGGAGAUGAAGGAGACUUCAACCAUUAUGCCCUUAAUGUGCCAUUGUACACUCAUUUCACGAGUCCCAUCAGAAGAUAUGCUGACAUUAUGGUGCACAGGUUGCUGUCAGCUAGUUUAAAAUAUCGAGAAGUGCCUUCUUGGGAGAUUGAUUAUGUUAGAUCAACAGCAGCACAGUGUAAUAAACAGAAAUAUAAUGCAAAAAGAGCAGCUGAACUAUCAACAGAGUUGUACCUGUUAAAAUAUAUAGAGUUGCAUUCACCAGUUGUCACGGAAGCUGCGGUAAUUGAUGUCAAAGAGAAACACAUUGAUGUAAUCAUAACAGCAAUGGACCUCAACAGAAGGAUUUAUUUUAACAAUGACUUCCCUGGCGAGUUCAAAUGUAUCAAGAAUGACGCGGGUCUGAAGUUAUCACAGAUGGAGUUGACAUGGCACGCCACUGAUAAAUCACCGGAAGUGAAACAGUGUAUAUGUGUAUUCUCUACAUUGAAAGUAGAAAUGCACAAAGGUGAUGAAAUGGUGAAAAUUGAAACAAAGCUCGUAAGACCAGAUCAAUCAUGAUCAAAUCAAUUUACAUGAUUUUAUAUUUUGAUAUAAUUUUACCUUUAUACUCCUUUACACAAUUAUUUUGCACAAAUAAAAUUUGAAAAACAAAAUUUUAUGUUAACCGUGGUUAGAGCACCGACACGGAACGCUGGAGGUCGUGGGUUCGAAUGCCGCAUCGUUCAUAAAGUUUUGUUUUUCAAAUUUUAUUUGUGUAUAGCUGACCCGGCAAACGUUGUUUUGCCAUAUAAAGUAUAAUUCAUGUGAUAGUUUUAUAAGUAAUAAAAUAUUGCCUAUAUUAUAGCCUGUACAUCAUUUUGUUCUAUUGUCAAUAGUUUUUGCAGC